UGGGGGAAGAUGGGAGGGAAGGGGAACGCUAUCUGAAAGAGGCUGGGAGAGAGGGAAAGACCGCCGUUUGGCCGAGAUGGUUCAAGGUGUCUGCCCAGAGAACAGCCCGGAGAGGUGGCCUAGAGGGCGGACAGACAGCAGGGAGGGCCAGCAUGGCCCCACUGCUGCACCCCGCCCUGCCGCUGCUCCUGGGCGCCACGCUGAUCUUCCGGGCACUCCGGCACGCGCUCUGUCGCCUGCCCCUACCGGCACACGUGCGCGCCAACCCCCUACGCACCUGGCGCUGGCACAAUCUGCUAGUCUCCUUCGCCCACUCCAUUGUAUCAGGGACCUGGGCGCUGCUGUGGAGCCGCAGCGGCCUCAGGCGAGGAGGAGCUCACCUGGGAAACGAGGCACCCGGGUUUUGGCCAAGCCCCUCCUCGCUCCAGGCAAUAUCGCAAGCCCAGGGUCUCCUGGGACCAGGGGUAAUGGGGAAAGUGAAGGUCCCUGGGGGUGCGGAAAUGAAGAGAGCCUCCCCUCUUUCCGCCCUUGCAGUGUAUGGCAGACCCCCGAGAUGCUGGUGGAGAUUGAGACGGCAUGGUCGCUUUCUGGCUAUUUGCUUGUUUGCUUCUCCGCAGGGUAUUUCAUCCACGACACGGUGGACAUCGUGGUUAGUCGUCAGUCUCGAGCUUCUUGGGAAUACCUUGUCCAUCAUGUCAUGGCCAUGGGCGCCUUCUUCUCAGGCAUCUUUUGGAGCAGCUUUGUUGGUGGGGGAGUCCUAACACUACUGGUGGAGGUCAGCAACAUCUUCCUCACCAUCCGCAUGAUGAUGAAAAUCAACAAUGCCCAGGAUCUCCUCCUCUACCAGGUCAACAAGUAUGUCAACCUGGUCAUGUACUUUCUCUUCCGCCUGGCCCCUCAGGCCUACCUCACCCGUUACUUCUUGCGUUUUGUGGGCCAGAGGACCCUGGGCACUUUUCUGCUGGGUAUCCUCCUCCUGCUGGAUGUGAUGAUCCUCAUCUACUUUUCCCGACUCCUCCGUUCUGACUUCUGCCCUGAGCGUGUCCCCAGCCAACAACACAAAGACAAAUUCUUGACUGAGUGAAAGACACAGAGCCUGGGACUCGUGGCAAGGACAGCAAACACAGCCAAGAACAGAAACAGCCUCACAUAUAAGCUGGGACUUAACCCCAAGCCUGGGCGUCCUCUGGGGCCAGCCUCUCCACCUUCAAAGCCUGCACCCACACUAUUGAAAAUACUAAUGAAAG